ACAGCUGUGGAAAGUAGUGUUGGAAGCGAGUCAAAGCUGUGUUAAUUCCUAUCUUGCAAAAGUGAGCAUUCAGUUCAUUUCAAGUGACACGUCAGAGCGUACAAAAUAAAAUUAAAAUACAUUUUUAAGAUAAUGCCACCCCGUAGAAGUGCACGUAUCAUGGCUCAAAAGGCCGCUUCCAGUGAGGCGCCUCACCGCCGCGCUUCGUUUGUUCGAGCAGCACAACGCCUUGCCGCCAGCCGCCCAAAUUAUUACCAAACCAGGGCCCUCCCGGCGAAUCGCCGCCGAACCACUGCAAACCAACGCGCUGGCCAACACCAGAACGCAGAGGAUGAGACAGAUUUUUUGUACCUUGACAUUGACUUCAUCGAGUAUGUCGAAAUGGCUGAUAUGUUAAGAAAUACGAGCAAUUCGGUAGAAGAAAAUCCGGCUCAAAUUUCUAUGGGCCGUCGCCGCCUUCAAAAGGAGUUGACGAAAAUGAUGAGCAAUCCGACAGAAGGGUGUCAGGUGAUGUUACUUGACAACUUGAUCUACCACUGGAAGGCCAUCAUUGUCGGGCCCACGGAUACGCCCUAUGAGGGCGGACAUUUUGAACUGGGCAUUCUAUUUUCAAAUUUUUACCCGCGUGAGGCACCGGCUUGUGUAUUCCUCACAAAGAUUUACCAUUGCAACAUAGAGAAUGGCAUAAUCUGCGUAGAUAUACUGGAUUCGGAAUGGUCGGCGGCCCUGACAGUGGAAAAGUUACUUUUGUCCAUCCGAUCGCUGCUGUCGGAUCCCAAUCCAGACAACCCCAUCAAUCCGAAUGCUGCCGAAAUGUACUUGAAGAACCGCACAAUGCAUGACCGCACGGCACGGGAGUGGACCGCUCUCUAUGCCAAGCCUGACACCAAUAUGAUCCCAAUAUCUGAUGAAUAAUCUUUCAAUGUAAUACACAAUGUUUAAAAUUCUUGCUGCUGGACAAAUGGACACAAGCCACAUGAUCGGUGGAGAGGUACGACAGGAGUACGACAGAAAGGCAGUGGACCUCGAGAGACAUAAAAAUAUCCAAUAGAAAUAUGUACAGAAAAAUGUUCAUUACACGUUUGUCCAGCAACGAC